CCAAUCAGUGCGGCGCCAGUUGAUCGGUAAAAACCAAGCAGGGAUCGACGCAACCUGUGCUUUGACACCUCACGACUGCCCAGGCAUUGGUACGUCACCCGGGGGCAGCCGAAUUUUGCAGCGCUCCGGCCAUGGAGUACCUCUACGGGCUGCUGUUCGGCACAGAGCCCAAGCAAAGCGACGCGGACGCGAGCCAUACGCUACGCACAAAGCUUGAGGCGCUGCCCGGGGACCGCGAUGCACAAAUCACAUUGACCGCAGCCGAAAUACGAAUCCUCAAGGAGGCUACGACGACGACGCGUCAAAAGCACGGCGGCGGCGACGAGCUCUUUGUGAGGAUGCACAGCAACCUGACCGAGGACCUCGACCCGUCAACCGCGGACGCGGUGGUCGACGCCUACGGCGCCUCACCACUAAAACCGAACCCGCUCGCGAAACGAAGGCCGAGCCCCGAGACGCCGCAGCUGCGCAAGGCGUGCAAAAAUGCGGUGGCCGACUUGAUCUCCGAACGGCAGCUCGCGUCGAGCGUCCCAAAGGAGCGCCGGAAGACGCUCGAGGCGGCCCUGUCGGAGGUCAACGCCUGGGGCUUUGACGUGUGGAGCGUCGUGGACGCGUUCCGGGCUGUGUGGAAAUCAAAUUUCGGGCGCCCCACGCCAUCGACGCGAUGUUGACUCACUGGCUGAUUUCCACACAGAUUCCAGGGCGACACGUUGCUGGCUAGUAGAGCAAUCGUCGACGCCGUCGUGUUUGAGGCGAGGGGUUUUCGGGCGGCGUCGGCGUCCCCCAUCCUGCGCCAGGUCGUGUCCAAGAUGCUGGCGUCGUACCAGGACGUGCCCUACCACAACUGUUUACACGGCGCCGACGUCCUGCAGGCGAUGCACGCUCUCUUAAAUCUCGCGCCGACCUUCGACGACGCCUUAGACGACGACGUCGUCCUGGUGACGUUGUUAGCGUGCCUGUCGCACGACGUGGGCCAUCCAGGAUUGACCAAUAACUUCCUGGUCGAGACGGGCCACGAGCUCGCCAUCCGCUACAACGACGCGUCUCCACUGGAGAACAUGCACGCCGCCGUGGCACUCAAUCUAGCCAAACCUUAUUUAAGGACGCGUCCAUCAACAGACCAGAAGCAGAACCGCGCGCUCUGGAUCGGUUUGCUGCUCGCGACGGACAUGAAGGAGCACUCGCAGCAGAUCUUCGAGCUCGAACGGGCGCUAUCAAAGGCGAAGGAGCGCGGUACUUCCUAUGAAGCUUGUACCCCAGAACACCACGUCCCGUGCUUGAAGAUCUUCAUCCAUGCAUGCGAUAUCUCGAACCCGGCGAAGCCCUGGCCUGUCUAUAGACGAUGGACCGCGCUCGUCAUGGAGGAGUUCUGGCGGCAAGCCGAGCUGGAGCGGGAGCGCGGGCUGCCCUUGACGGUGCCUGCGCGCGACGCGACGGAUCUCGCCCAGUUCCAGAAAGGGUUCAUCGCGUUCAUCCGGCCGUUGUUUGCCGCCGCCGACCGCAUCGGCGGCGUGGACAUGAGCCUGCCGUUGGAGCGCCUCGACGACACGGCCCGACGGUGGCAAUCCGGGUCGCCGCGCGCCGAGGCGUACGACCCGCCGGUCGCGACCGAGCCGCCGCCGGUCUCGUUCCAGACGCUGACGGAGCCGGUCGCGCUCGGCGACGACGAUGUGAGGGAGUAAUUAUGUGACACAAUGUUUA